GACAGACGUAGCUAGUCUAAAAAAAUGACACUCAUAUGAUGUACCAUUUGUCAGUUUUUCUAUGUUGAAUCAGCAAGAGCCGUAUAUGGCCCCUAUUUUCAUGAUUUCCUGCGUUUUAUAUUCAACUCUCGCAUAGUAAAGAAGACUAUUAAUAAAAAAGCAGUCUACCGACCCGACCUCACUUCCAUAGUACAAAUCUCCAUAUCAUUCAAGCAGACAUCGAUUCUACAGUUAUAAAAUAGUGGUUAUUGUGAUAGAACUUUAGUAAACACAGCAGACAUGGCAAAUAAAGACGAUUAUCUGACUUAUUAUCGGGAGUUCUUUGAAAAUUUCGCUCAAACUGUGAAUCCAAAUGACCAGCUACCCGUUAGGCUAGCCGGUUACAAGCUAUUGGGUACAGAAGUGGUUGGAGGGAUUAUAGAUUGGACCACCCAAUAUUUGAGUCAAAAAAAAUGCCCUCCACAUUUGUUUGCACCUUUAAUCAAAAUAGUGAUAGAAGAAAUGAGAAAGGCGUGCAAGAAACAUCCGCCAAUUUGUGGAUUCAGUCCAGAUGAUAACGCUUAUGAACCCUUGAAGCUGAUGCAAUCCGUGAUGGCAAAAACAAACGAAGUGUGCCUUCGCUACUUGGACAAUAGUAUGCUAUGUUCACUGCCUUCCCCAAAUGACAGUCCUGUUUUUUAUCCAACAAGUACUUGCGCCUUCAAAAACUGCAAGAGGAAGAUGGAAGAUAGACACGUGGUCAUACAUGAUCUUAAUACAAUGCUCAACAUUCAGGAAGCAAGUCCGUCCAGUUAUUACGCCGUGUUCGAUGGCCAUGCAGGCGUCGACGCAGCUGCUUACAGCGCCGCCCAUUUGCACCAGUUCCUAGCUGAAAGCCAUCUUUUCACCAAUAAUCCGAAGCAGGCCUUAUACGAAGCAUUUUGCAAAACUGAUGCUCAUUUUACAGAUAAAUGCAAAGUUGAGCAUUUGAGCAGUGGUACGACUGCAGUUGUAGCACUUUUGAGACCCAAAGAGAAAACGUUGUAUGUCGCAUGGACUGGAGAUUCUCAAGCAUUAUUAGCGAGCCAGGGAAAGCUUAUGCAACUAGUUAACCCUCAUAAGCCUAACAGACCUGAUGAAAAGGACAGGAUAGAAAGAAAUGGCGGUUGUGUCUUGUUAUUUGGAACAUGGAGGGUCAACGGUCAAUUAGCAGUAUCAAGAGCAAUAGGUUGGUAUUAAUAUAAUCAAUCAAGGGUCGAAUGCAAAGUAAUUCCUUCACUAGAGGAUCCCUUAUUUUGAAGUUGCCUGAUUGGCCGUGACAGCUUUAGCAC